CUCCCUCCUCUCUCUCUGUGUCUGGUUCCUCUCCCCAUUGUAAUGCAGAAAAACUUUCCACCCUCUCUUUCAUCUCUCAACUUCUCUCUCUUUCUCUUCCCCUUUAUCUUUCUAUCUGUCACUAUCUUUUUUUGUCAUAAUUCGAAUUCAAAUCUGCUUCUAGCUAGCCAAGAGAGAAGGGUUUUUACUUUCUUCUCAGCUAUACUUAACAUAUAUAGAGAGGUAUGGCUCGUGAUCUCUGCAACUUUCUUCAAGGUUUGAAACCGGCGAUGGGGAUGGUGCUGGCUCAGACCAUCUUUGCGGGGAUCAAUGUAUUCUAUAAGCUAGCAUACAUGGAUGGAAUGGACAUGCGAAUCUUGGUUGCCUACAGAUACAUCUUUGCUAUCAUCUUCUUGGCUCCCAUUGCUUUCAUCGUCGAAAGAAAUAAAAGACCAAAUUUGACAUGGAAGGUCACAUUCCUAGCAUUUCUUUGCGGCUUAUUUGGGGGAACGUUAUCUCAGAACCUAUAUAUAGCAAGCUUAACUCUAACGUCAAUGACAUUUGUAGCAGCCAUGAGCAACCUUACUUCAGCCAUAACCUACAUCAUGGCAGUGACUUUUCGGUUGGAGAGGAUGGGAAUUCAAACGUUGGCGGGGAAAGCCAAGCUGAUGGGGACUGCCAUAGGCAUAGGAGGGGCAAUGGUAUUGACCUUCUACAAAGGGGCGAAAAUCAACAUUUGGUCAACAAAAGUUGACCUGACUCGUUGGUUUGGAAGCGGAUCAUCCACGUCAGCAUUACAUAUGAAGUCUGAAAAUCCAGUACUUGGAUCAUUACUGGCCCUCUGUAAUUGUUUCUCUUAUGCACUCUGGUUGAUUAUUCAGACUAAGAUGAGUGAGAGUUACCCAUGCUACUUAUCAAGCACGACUCUAAUAGCUAUAACCGGGUCAAUCCAGAGCUUCAUAUACGCUCUAUGUGUACAGAGGAAGUGGGAGGAGUGGAAGCUUGGAUGGAAUAUUAGGCUUUGGACCGUGGCUUAUGGGGGGAUAAUGGGAAAUGGAGUAUGGGUUACCCUGGUAGCAUGGGUGGUAAGGGCAAGGGGCCCAGUCUUUGUAUCGGUGUUCAGCCCUCUAGUACUAGUGCUGGUUGCUAUCAUAGGAUCCUUACUCGUUGACGAGAAGCUACAUGUUGGAAGUGUAGUAGGGGCAGUAUUGAUAGUGGUAGGGUUGUAUGUGGUACUCUGGGGAAAGGAGAAAGAGUUGAAGAGGAUGUCUCAGCCUAUGUUAUCCGAGAACUCUAGAGAAGCAGAGCACAUCGAGGUGGCUGUCACUACCACUCCAUCUUCUUCACCAGCUACCACUGAUACCUUCCCCAACAGUAAUCCUAUCAAGAGAGAAACAAGAUGAAACGUCUGUUUUUUCAGAGAGACAUUUUUUUUAGGAGAUUAUAAUGACUAUUUGAAAUGUACUAUUUGUGGGGGGUGCGAGAGAUUUUAUGGUCCCAUGUACGAUAAUGAUAUAGCAUCACCUCAUUCUCAUUGAGGAUAGCAAAACCUGUAGGGUUGUAUAUGAGUCCAUGUCUUCAUAAGAUAUUUGGAGUUAGGUAUAACAUUUGUUAAUAACUGAGUUAUUUUUCUUUUUGGGUAUUAGUAAAAGUGGUUAAUGGUA